AUGCAACAAUUAAUAGAUUUAUUAUUAUUAAUACCACCUGAACAAUUUUUAAGUUCCAAUGAUCCAAUUCAUAGAUUUAUUCACGGGAUAUUAAAAGGUAAACUGAACGACUUAUUGGAAAUUAGUGAUUUUAAAGAAAUUCAUUCAUUACCUCCCUUACAACAAAUAUUGCGAAAAUAUCCAGAACAGCCAUUAUAUGAAGUAUUAACAGAAUAUACAGAUGAAUUUGUCAAAGUUCUUGAACGAUUCUCAAAGGAUGUUCAAUUAUGGACCAGUGUAACUGCAGUUUGUUUCUUUCAAAGUUUUAUACAAUCUAAUUUCACAGGGCCAUCAUCAUUUCCAGCUAAAAAAUUAUGGUUUCCAAAAGUAAGUGAUGAAAAAAAAUUACAAUAUGAUUGUAUUGAUAUUUUAAAUGUUGAAGGUCAAUCUGCUUAUGAUUUAAUGCAUGAUCCAUUAUAUUUAAUAAUGGCUGAAUUAUUCAUGGAGAAGGUUUUAAAUGUUCCAUCUAUAACAUCAAAUCAUGAAGAGUUAUUAUCUCUUUAUGAGAAAUUGGAAAUUGAUACUCCAAUUAAAGCAUUUACGUCCUGGUGGUUGGUCAGAACAUUACAAACUCAUUUAUCUAUUGUUUCAGAACCACCAGGUAUAAUUUCAUCAAUUUGUGGUAUUCUAAUGAGUCCAAAAUUAAUUGAACUAUUCGAUGAUAAGUUAUUGAGUAUUGAAUUUUACUUAGAACUUGCCAGAAUUCAUAUCCAUUCAAAUAAUGAACAUCUUGCAAUUAAACCGUUAAUUAAAGCUACUAAAUUGUCAGGUUUACAAGUUUUAUUAUCUGGUGCAAAGGCUAAGAGAACAAAAUUUCAACAAUUCUUCACUUCAAAUUUAAUUGUACUUGCUAAGAGUGCUGGUAAGACUCUUUUUGAAGAUGACAUAGAAUCAAGUCUUGAAAGUUUACAACUUAAUGAUGAUGUAUUAUUAGAAAAACCACAAUUUGAAUCACUUGAAGAUUUAGAAAUUGAAAUUGAACAAGACAGUAAACGAAUAAGAAUGGAUAGUUUCUUAACUGAAGAUGAUAAAUUAUUACCAUUGGCAUUGAAACAAGAUGAUAUUCCAAAUGAUUUAAAAGAAUUAGACCCAAAUAAUCAACCAACUUUGAAUAAUGUAGAUAAUUUAAGUAUAUUAUUGCGAUUGGCUGUAUUGAAACAGACCAGUCCAACUAAUGAUCCAUUAGUUGAUGAAGAAUUAAUGGCUUUAGUUUCAAGAAUAGUUUAUUCUGGUUCAAAUAUAAAUUGGUCAAUAUUCUCCAGGUCAUUAUGGGAAAGAUCAUUAUUAGAAACAGGAAAAACUAAAACUGUCGAACGUGGGAUAUUACAAAUGACUGCAUUAAUUGAAGAAAUUGGAAUUAAUAUUACAUCUAGAGUUACUCCACAAGUUGAAGAUUCGACAAAUGCAUUAUCUUCAAGAUUAAGAUUUAUUCAUCAAUUACCAUUAUUACCUCAAUGGGUCAUGGAUGCAAAAUUGGCUGAAAAAUAUAUGUCAUUAGGUGUUAUUAAAUCUGCAUUGGAAAUUUAUCAAAGAUUGGGAUUAGAUUGUGAAGCAGCCUUAUGUUAUGCUGCUGUAGAUCAAGAAACUGAAGCUGAAAAGAUAUUAACUAAAAGGAUUGAAAAUUAUCCCAAAGAUGCAAGGGCAAUUUCAAUAUUAGGUGAUUUAAAACAGGAUCCACAAUUAUGGGAAAAAGCAUGGGAGAUCGGUAAAUAUGCAAAAGCGAAAUCUUCCUUAUCCAAAUACUAUUACAAUCAAAAAAAUUUACAGUUGGCAAUUAAAAACAUGUUUGAAAGUCUUUCUAUUAAUCCCCUUAAUUAUGAAAAUUGGUUUUUUUAUGGUUGUUGUGGUUUAGAAAACGGUCAAUUUGAAUUAGCUUCAGAAGCAUUCUCUAGAUGUAUUUCAUUGGAUGAUACUAAUUCAUAUGCUUGGUCAAAUUUAGCCAGUGCUUUAUUGAAAUUAAAUAAAGAUAAACCAGCAUUCAAUGCAUUAAAAAAAGCAAUCAGAUGUGGUUCAGAAUCUAAAUCAUGGAGAAUUUAUGAAAAUUAUAUGAAUGUAGCAGUAAAAUUACAUGAAUGGAAUGGUGUACUAUUUGCAUUUAAAGAACUACUCAAGAUUAAAAAAGAUGAAGGUGAUAAAGCAAUAGAUAUACCUGUAUUAGAAAAAUUGGUUGAAAUAUUAGUAUCAGAACAAUAUUCUGAAAAUUUAACAUAUUUUCAAAAAUCAACUAUUGAUUUAGUCUGUAAUAUAUUACCAACUGUAAUUACUUCAUCUGCUAGAUGUUGGAGAAUAGUAGCAAGAGUUGAAUUAUGGAGAAUGAAACCUUGGAAUUCAUUAGAAUGUCAUGAGAAAGCAUAUAGAACAAUGAUUCAUUUAUCAGAAGUAGAAACCAAUGAACUGGUAUGGAAUGAAGUAGUUGAUGCUUGUUGUGAUUUAGUAUCUGCUUUUGAAUCGUUAGGUGAAUUGCCUGGUAAAUAUGGUGCUGAUGAUUUAGUAUGUAAAGAUUGGAAGUAUAAAGCAAGGACUACAAUAAGGUCAUUAAUGUCAAAGGGUAAAGAUAUGUGGGAAGAUUCAGAAGGAUGGGAAAGACUAAAGGAAUUAAAAGAAUCAUUUUAA